ACUUUUUGAAAAAUUAAAUCCUUUUCUUUUUUGCCCCCUCUUAUAAGUCACCAACUUCUCCUUUUAAAAACCAUGUACAAAUCUCUUUAGCAAGGAAUCAAACCGAUGCAAAUUUCAAUGCCAACUGUCGACAGUAGAAAAAAUAUGCAGCCCACUUCACACAUUAAAUUAAAAUAUAUGUCAAAUUUCCCCCAAUUUUUUUAAAAUUUGAUCGCUGUCUUUUUUUUCCGCAAGUUCACAACUAUUAAUCUCCAAAUUCAUCUCUCUCGGAAGAAUAAAAUCGAAAAUGGCUUAAUAUAAAUAAAAACCCCACUUCUCAAAAUUGAAAAUACACACACACACACACACUCCACCAGAAAAGAAAAGAAAAAAAAAACCUAUCCUUGAAGCUGAUACACACACACACACAUAUAUAUAUAGAUUCAUUACACAGAAAUGAAUUAAUGCAUAGAGAAAAAGAAUGGCGGCGGUUGGAUCAUCACCAGCAACAUUUCAGUACCACUCGGAAUGCAGAUGGUACAACCGGUAUAGCUCAUGAUUCGUAGUGGUGAAAAUGGCCUUCUUUCACUCCAAUUUCAUGCUUCAAAUCCCUCAUCAAGAUGAACACAGCCAGCCUUCAACAUCUCUAGCCCCAAUUCUUCCCCCUCACGAUUUUCAUGGAGUGGCUUCGCUGCUAGCAAAGAGGCCUCAGACGAUGGCGUUCUCGAGCGGCAUCGAGGAGGAGAUGCACAACAACAACAACGGCGGCAGCGUCGGGGACGACGACUUCUCCGACGACGGGUCGCAGAUCGGGGAGAAGAAGCGGCGGCUGAACAUGGAGCAGGUGAAAACCCUAGAGAAGAAUUUCGAGCUCGGGAACAAGCUCGAGCCCGAGCGCAAAAUGCAGCUGGCCCGGGCCCUCGGGCUCCAGCCCCGCCAGAUCGCCAUCUGGUUCCAGAACAGAAGGGCCCGGUGGAAGACAAAGCAGUUGGAGAAAGACUACGAGAUCCUCAAACGACAGUUUGAAGCUGUUAAGGCCGAGAACGACGCUCUCCACUCACACAAUCACAAGCUUCACGCUCAGAUAGUGGCCCUAAAGAACAGAGAGCCGACGGAAUCCAUCAACCUGAACAAGGAAACGGAGGGCUCCUGCAGCAAUCGGAGCGAGAACAGCUCGGAGAAUGUCAAGCUGGAUAUCUCGAGGACUCAGGCGAUCGACAGCCCGAUCUCGGGGCGGCAGCUCUUCCCGCCGUCGCUGAGGCCGGCCGCGGCGCAGCAGCUCUUCCACAACUCGAAAAUGGAGCACGCCGUUAAGGAAGAGAGCUUGUGUAAUAUGUUUGUGGGGAUGGAUGAUCAGACAGGAUUCUGGCCGUGGUUAGAGCAGCAGCAGUUCAAUUAAAAUCAAAUUAAUUGCGUUUAAUUAAAUCUGGAAAAGGUUUCAUUAAAUUAAAUCUGCAACGGUGAAGAUGGUAUGGUGCUUGUGGAAUGGGGAGAAGUUUGAAUAUUUUGUUGAUCAGUUGAUGAUCGAUUUUUUUUUAUUAUUUUUUUUUCUUUCUUUCUUGGUUUUAAUUUGUUGUACAAAUUAGUAAAAGUUAAUAUCGCACGGUUGGGAGACUUUUCGGAUUCGAAUAUUUGAGGAGUAAAAUUUACUGAAUUAUUAUUUAUUUA